AUGAUGGUGGUGGUAGUUGCGAUGAUGUUGGUGCAGGAAGUAGUGAGGGUGUUGGUGUAUCAACUUAAUUAUAUUUUAUAUUUGGUUUCCUCAUUGCAUGGUAUGCACACCAAAGGAGAAUUAACAGACAUAGACAACCUAAGUGAAGAGGUGAUUGAGAAUGUGCUUGACAGUUUCCUGGAAGACUUGAAAAAAGGGAAUCUUGAAUUUGGAGGCUGGCCAUUAAUGUUACCAUCAUACAGCAUAUCCAAAGUUGCACUGAAUGCAUACACAAGGGUUUUGGCCAAGAAGCACACUGGAAUGCGCAUUAACUGUGUUCAUCCUAGUUAUGUAAAAACCAAUAUCAAUUGGCAUACAGAAGUUUUGAAGGUCGAAGACGUAGCGAAAAGUCCGGUGAUGCUUGCUUUUCUCCCACCCAGUGGACCUAUGGGUUGCUACUUUGAUCAAACCACCAUGGCUGAGUUUUGA